AUGUCGGACGAGGAGAGGGAUGGCGACCACGGCAGUAGCGGUAGGAUGACAAGUUUUACGCUCUCCGAUGGCAUCAUUACGUAUAAAAGGAGGAAGCGCAGUUCGGCAGAAUUUUUGAGUGAUCGAGAUCCUAGCGUUUCCUCUGGUGACCAGGUGUGUGUCUCAUUAAACACGUGUAUCUCUCUCCUGGGGCAAAAAUUCUUAGAUGUUGAUAGUCUACAUUGCUCCGUCCGUUGAGAUGUAACUCGAAUUUUUCCGACGUAUUUACUUGAUCUCAUGGGCGAAUUUCGUUGCUUAAUAUAACAACCGACGCCAUGUUGGGUUCGAGAAAAUCUUUAGUUAUUGCCUUGAUAGUUCUACGAAUGAAGAUCUUUAUCCAACUAAGCUGAUUCCUCUAAAGCUGGCUAUAAUUAUGUAGACAGGGACAUGAGUUGAGUCUGCCUGUAGAAUUAUCCCUUGUUAUAGUUUCUUCUGUUAGUCAUAUAUUCAGCUUUGAGUACUGAUGUAGAACUAUCAGUUUUUAACAUAAAAAAAUUCCAGUUUCCGAUAUGCACUUGAUACUGAAAAUUGGUGGAAGUUAUUAAACUGACCUGUUGCCUUCGAACAUUCCGUUUUGUUAUUGGAAUAUUUAAGGUUUAGUUCUUUUAUAUGUUCCUAUUUAUAGGACGUUCACUUCAGUAUAAUAAACAAUCCAAAAAAUGACGAAUUCUUACUUUUGGGUUGUCCAUGCCGGCUUCAUCUGACCAUGAUCUUGUUUUAUCAUAGUCUCAGCUGGUUUAGACCCAUUCAGGGCCACACCAAGCGUGCUCAAAUGUUUCUGGGCAGUCUACUUUUGGGCUGAUACUGUCACUUUCUUGUUUGAUGCCUCCAUCCAACUGGAUCAUAUGGCUGAGGUCGUAGAUGACAAAACCUGCCUGUAGGGUUCAGAAAUUUUAAAAUUUUGUGAAUCAUUUGUGAUCAAAACUAUGGAUCUCAUGCAAUUUCGUUCUAGAUUUCAUUUUACGACGAAAUAUACUAAAUACAGUAGAUGAGACAGCAAAUCGGAUGGUGUAUUUCACUUCUCUCAUUAGCACUUUAACAUUAUUUUUUGAAUAAGAUCAUGUUCUUAUAAUACAUUGUAUUUGGGGAACAUUUUCUGGGCAUUGAUGACAAUAUAUUUCAUGCAAAGAUAACUUUUAUAAUAAUUUAUAUAAUAUUUGGAAGCCAGAAACCAUAUCUUUGUUGACAUAAAAAAAUCAAUUUUCCGUUAAAGUUUUUAACUCCAAGGAACUAUGUGUCUAGAAAAAUAAUAUUUUAGAAGAAAGCGUGGCAACGUGUUCCUUUGUUCUCUUCCUUUUUUUGUCAUGUACGUUUUCCUACCGAGAUCUAUGACGAAAAAAAUAACCAGGGUAUGUCUUGCUUCCAAAACCGUUGUUGCCCUCCCGUACAAAAAUAGUGUUUAAAAUAAAUGAAUAACUAAUAGACACCUACAGAACUAUUAAACAUAUCACUUAGCUGGUCACUCUCUGCAUUCAUAACAUGGACGCUCAAACUCACGAUGCAUGGAUAGAAAGAAUCAGGCGUCUGCCAAAUAGAAAAACUGUCCUAGAGGUCCCCUUGUGCAUGUGACUUACAAGAUUUCCUCCACUCCCUUCAGAGGUAGGGAAAUAGUACGUUUUCUUGGAAGCUGCCCAAUAUUUUUUUUAUUUAUGCAAGUUUGUGAGCAGAAUAGGAUAGUAAAUUACCUCGAUUCACGUCAUGCUUCAAAAAAAUUGGAGGAACACCAUUUGUUGAACCUUUCGAAUCCUCAUUCCAGUAAAUGCAUGCUUGGUCCACUGAUGUCACCUAAAGAUGUUAAAGGUAUGCUGAAAAUUCUGGUUUAAUGGAACUGAGUGGAAAAUAUCAAGGUGUAGCCUUAGUUUCAAGGUCACGUGUAUUACGUGAUUAAGUUGGAAUCCGAAGAUGACUAGGAAAUUGGGAAAUCCUAAAGCCUGACCACUUCUUAAUCAUGGCUAUUUGAACCACUUAAUCAAGUCUGUCUGUGACUCUAAUGGCCGGCUGUCCAAGGACAACAUAUGAGAAGUUCCCUCUUUUUGUGCCACAUUCUUUUUUCAUGUCUGCGAAUGAUAUCAUCAGCAUAUGUUUGCAAAAUUUAACCAAAUGGUGGAAUUAUGAAUUGAGAAACCCAAGCACGAGUUGCACGUUUUUUGAUAAGGUGAUGGAGUUGAAAGCCUGCGUGGGUAUGAAAUUUGAAUAAACUAAACAUUUGUAAGCAAUCGAAACAUUAUUUGCCCAGAUCUUGCAAAGGGUUUUUCUUGUAUGCGUUUCUAUGGCUGAUGAAAAUGAAUUCAGUGUAACACUAUUCAUCAUUACCUAUGAGACUUGGGUAUAGUAAUGCCUGAGAGGGUACCUUAAUAGUUUUUGACUAAUAAUCAACUUUCUACUGUAUCCAUAGAAAGCUGAGGAACAACGUGGAUCCACAACAUGUAAUGGUAUCCAUGAGAUUGGAGCACGUUCCAGAAUCCAGUAUCAUUGGAAAACAAUAUUGGAGCAAAUGUUGUCAUCACAAGAUGUUAAUGAUGAUGUUGUUGCAAGUUGCAUCCAGAAAGCACUUCUAACUGGUAAUGCUAGUUUCAUGAACAAAACUUCGAAUUGUACACAAGCUGAGGUAUGGCAUAUCACAAAUCAUUUUUCUCCCCCUCCAGAAAAUUGUCUAAUUCAUACCUUUGAUAUCCAGUUGAUUCACAUGGGCAAUGGAAACUUCUGCGAUGAAGCAAAAAGAGCAGAGAGUUUGCAGAUUUCUACACUGAAACGUAAGGAAGCCACUUCCAAUGAACUUCAUAGAGAUAACAGUGAUCAAAUGGAGGAUCGUGCCGUCUCAAAGAGUUGCCAGAAUGUUCUAAUUGAGAUUUUGGUAUCGGAGAAGUUUGCCUUGCUAUGUGAUUUGCUGUUGGGAAAGCUUCCAGGCAUCAAAGCAGAUAGCAUCCUUGAUUUCAAUGUGAUCAGCUCCAGGAUGAAGAGCAGGGCGUAUGGACUGUCCGUUGGCUUUCUUCACCAAGAUCUUCAGCGGGUAUUGAUCUUUUUAGUUUCAUGUCUUCCUUUAAAAGACAGAUUGAGGGGCCUACAUGAUGCUGCCCGUAGUUGAGUUGCGCUUUAAUAUCUUGUGUUGGAAUUUAGAAAGAGACGGAAAAAUCUACAGCAGUCAUUCACAUACAAUACUCACCACCUGUUUGUGUUUUUUCCAUUGUAAAUUUUUGCAUCCCAUAGUUUUAACUGUACUUUCUUCAUCUGGGUAAGUUAUAACGUUUGUGAUUUCUUCAUUUGUUGCCAAUAUGUGUUUAUUGUUUGUUAGGAAACUUCUUUUUUGAGCGCUUCUUUUAUGCGAAGGGGUCAGUCUAUGUUGGGUAAUGAUAACUACCUUUUUAAUCUUGUGACUUAAAAAUAGGAAGUAUUUCAUUUAUUGGGUUUAAUCAUUUUAUUUGUUUGGAUCUGGCGACUUUUUAGAAUAAUUGUCAAAGCCAUUCGAAGAUGAAGUUACUGCCGUUGUGUUUGAACUGUAAAACAGAGAUUUGUGACAGGGAGAGCUAGAGCGGAUCAUUUCUCGUUGGGAUCUAAUCCUCAACACAACGUUCAUAACACCGAUAAGUGGGAGGUAGUCAAGUGCGGUUAAAAUAUUCUGAUUUAUUAUCACGACUUCGGAGCUGACUUCUUCCUUCUUCAUUGAUCUGGGGGAAAAGGACCCGUCUACCAGUUGGGAAGCUAGACAUCAAGGUUGUGGCUAUAUGAUGAUAAUUAAUCUGACGCACUGGAGUUGGAUGCUGACGAAAUCCUUUAGACAUUUCCCAUGUCCGUUUCCAAUAUUCCCUAUUUUAUUUUACAGGCUCUAUAUUGCAUUCACAAAAUGUUUUUUACUUGAAGUCGGGCACUACCCUGUAUGAGGUGAGCAAGGUUUUGAUCGGGUUGUUGAUCCGCCGGUCACUGUUAUAACAGAAAAAUAUCAUUCUCAUCAUUCAUGAAGCAUUUCUGAAAUGUUAUUGCAUUUAUUUUGACAUAAAAUUUGAUUUUUGUAAUAUUUUAGCCGGUGAGUCAUGCCUUUUCUCUUCUGAAAUUUGCUGAACUAAACGUUCCUCUCUACUUGACGUAAUGGACUCCUGAUGCCUAUAAUGCUACACAGAUAUGGGAAAGAAUCCGCAAGAUUGGGCAAGAAUUGAGUCUUCUUUCCACCAGCCUAUCAAACAUCACCCAAGCUUCUUGUCAGAGGCAGGUAAGAAUGAUGCACUUUCCAAGUAAUAUCACGUUGCUUGCCCAGUGCGUUGACAUCAGAGAAUCAAUAUUUUCUUAUGGAUAUGUGUCUGAUUAAAGCAAUUUGCUAUUCUCGUUGAAGAUGCUGAUAUUGCUUUUAUGGCGGAUGUCAGUUUAGUGCAGUUACGCCCGGUUGUUUAGGGUUUUAGUUCUGCCUCCUCAUUCUUGUUAGCAUUAUUAUUUAAAUUUCCUGUACACCUACUAAUGCUGUUAGUUUAAAAAAUGUGCAGAUGGGAAAUCACUUGGAAGCAGGCGUUAGUGAGUAUCAGGCAAGUCAUGCUCACUGUUGUUUUGUGGAGGGGGAUAGGAAGGGAAUUUCUCUCUACCCUCUUCGGUGCAUGAUGGUCCCUGACCAACUGAGAUACAGAAUCGAAAACAUUAGGUGUAUUCUAGAAACAAGAAACAGUGUUUCACUAUGGGAGUGAUCAGCUCACACAGAAACACUACUUUUGAAUCAUAGCCAUUCUUGAAAUGAUCUACAAGUCUUGGUCUAGUCUGUUGAAUGUGAGCUUCUUUUGCAGAAACUCCGUGGGCUUGGUACUGAAGAGAAGAAUUCCAUGGACUCACAUACGACCACACAAUUUCCUUGCGAAUCUGAUCGCUCCACAAAGCUUGAGCAGACGGAGGCCUCCUGCCCAUAUAAAGUCUCUAAUUGCAAGGAGUGUGGCACUGAAGCUGAUGGCAAGUGCAGCCUCGUUUGUGAUGGAUGUUUAGCUGUGUACCAUUUCUCAUGCCUCAAGCCUGCUGUCCAGGAGAUCCCAGUACGGAACUGGUAUUGCCCAGGCUGCACAAAGAAUGAAAGAGUAUUAUCAGCUGAGCUCACGAUGACCCAUACCCAUGAAGGUAGACCCCAUCAAGAUUGUGUAGUAUGUGGCAAGCUUAAAGCUUCAGGGAUGCUUGCAGAACCAACCGAGGACGAUGAAGGAGAUGCCACCCACAAUGACUCUCGAGAAAGUUCAAUUUCUAGUAUGGAUUCUGAUGGGUCGCCAGAGCCAGCGAGGACAGCAAGGGAGCGUUUGUGUAAACUCUGUGGAAAAUGCGAGGAAGAUGACAAGAGAUUCAUCGUUUGUGAUCACAGUCUCUGCAUUUACAAGUACUACCACAUCCGGUGUCUAAAGAGCCACCAGGUGGCGUACCAGCACCACAAACACGGAGGUUGGUAUUGCCCUUCUUGCCUCUGCAGGGGUUGCCUGACAGAUAAGGACGACGACUUGAUUGUGAUGUGUGAUGGCUGUGACGAAGGUUACCAUAUAUACUGUAUGAAGCCCCCUCUCACUUCAGUUCCAAAGGGCAAAUGGUUCUGUGUCCCAUGCAACGUACUGAGGGCUAAGCAGGGGAUGAGAAAGUAUGAGCAUUGGGUUCUCCAGCAGCAUGCCCAGAGUGAUGAAAAUCUGAGCAAUGGGUCGAACAGACCCAUGGAUCUAUUGCUCUCUGCUGCCGAGAAAGUGGAGAAAUUAGCAGCAGGGAGGGAAGGCAGGUAG